AUGGAUGUUAAUGAAGAACAAAUCAUUGAAUACCAUGUAAUAAAUGCAUGUAUAAUGGGCCAGUUAGAAGUUAUUCACAAAUAUAUUGACUCACAUAAUGUCAAUAAUUUUUUAUAUACUGGAUGGACUCCACUUUUAUAUGCUGCUUCAAAUGUAGAAAUAGAAGUCAUUGAAUAUCUUAUAAAAAAUGGAGCUGAUGUUAAUAAACAUAAAGAUGGCUAUACACCAUUAAUGGCAUUAUGUAAUUCUACUAAAAAUACAACAGAGGAACGUAUGAAGUGUUUAAUAUUAUUAAUUCAGGCAGAAUCAAAUGUAAAUACAAGCAAUAAUCAAAGACAGACAUCUCUAAUGUAUGCUUGUAUAUCACAAGAACCAGAAUUUGUAACAGAACUAAUAAAACAUGUGAAAAACAUUAACUCAUGUGACAAUAGAAAACAAACUCCUUUGAUGUAUGCAACAAUAGCUAACAGACCAGAAAUAGUUAAAAUACUAAUGGAAAAUGCAGUUGAUGUUACAUUAACUGAUUGCAAUGAUUUAACAGCAAUUGAUAUUGCUUUUAUGAAAGGAUAUGAUAAAAUUUUAUCAUUACUACAUUUCAAUGAAGAAGAAAUAAUAAAUACUUGUGAAGUAGAUAAAAUGUGUGAUUGGAAAGAUAUGUUUCCAGUAUUAAGUUAUAUAAAUGAUCAAACUAUAGAUUUUGAUAUACAUACAAUUUUAUAUGGAAUGAAUUUAGAAAAAUAUAGUCAUAUCUUUCAAGGGAUGAAUCUUAAAACAUUUUUAAAAUUAACUGAAAACGACUUAUACCAUUUAGGAGUAGAUAUUAAUGCACACAGAAUCCAGUUUAUGGAGCACCUUCAUAGAUUUCAUAGGAAAAAGUGGAAUAUACAAAGUAUUGGUACUAUCAAGAAAUCAUUGCCUUAUACUUUAUAUGAUGCCAUAAUUUCUUUAGGUACAAUAGCCAAACAAAUUACUAUUAUUGGUUCUAGUUUUCAUUACAUUAAAAACAACUUAAUAAAAGCAAAUAAUAAAGAGAAUAUGCACUUAACUGAAGAACAAAUAUCUAACUAUGAACAUGAAGUUAAAAAAACGCAAAAAACUCUCAAUAUUCUUAAAGAAGAACUUCUGCAAAUAAAAGUGCUUUCCAAAGUGAUUCAGAAAGAAAAUGACAUUGGUGUACCAGCAACAUAUAUUGAUUCAAAGAAACAUCGAAUAAAUUGGCCUAUGUUCUUAAGCAUUACACUAAUUAUAGGAAUAUGUGUAUCUAAGAAAAUAUUCAUUUCGAAAUUAAUAUGUCAUUAA